AUAAUCACAAAUUUGCACGAAUCCGUCCCAUUAGAUUUUUUCCGUAUAUAAAUCGCUCCCAAUAACGUAAAAUUCCAAUGUUCAACGACAAAAAGGCCUUUUCUGAUCAGCUGGUCGAACAGCCUUCAUGAUUGCAUUGAGUUGCGCUCGGUCGUCCUCGAGGUGACUUUUCCCAACUCGCCGUCCGCACAGACUGCAAAAUCGAUGACAGUUUAGAACCAAACAUGGCUUCGCUACCUAGUCCAACGCAGGUCUCUGGCAAGCACAAUGCAAUCUACGAAGCUUACUAUAAACAGAUGGACCCCAAAGGGUUGGGCAACAUCGAGGCGAUGGAUGCAGCGAAAUUCCUCAAAAAAUCCGGAUUGAGUGACGUAGUGCUGAGUCGGAUUUGGGAUCUGUCCGACCCAAAGGGCCGCGGCUGCCUUGACAAACCGGGAUUUUUCGUGGCGCUGAAACUAGUUGGUCUCGCCCAGGCUGGAAGUGAUAUAAACAUGCGUAACAUCCUCACAGAAUUGGCGAAUCCACCGAAAGUCGGGGAAAUCCCGAAAAUAAUGCCGCAAAGCAUACAAUCAGUGCCCCCAACGAACACCGACUGGACGAUGAAACCUGCUGAUAGGCUGAAGUUUGAACAGUUGUUUGAGUCGCUGCAGCCAGUGAACGGAAUGAUUGCCGGAAAUAAAGUCAAAGGUGUUCUAAUGGACUCAAAACUACCGCUCGAGACGCUAGGCAAAAUCUGGGAUCUUGCCGACCAAGAUAAGGACGGAAAUUUGGACAAACACGAAUUCACAGUCGCAAUGCACCUCGUCUACCAAGCGCUGGACAAACGAGCCGUACCUACAUCACUUCCUCCUGAAUUGCAAAAGCCCAAACCAGGCGCUCCUCCAACCAGUGUAACCCCAGUUAAUGAUAGCUUCGGAGAUGGCGGCUUCGUGGCCAAUUUUCCGAAAGAUAUAGCACCUCCACCAGUUCCUCCACUGCCGGCCGUGAUGACGGCAGCGGCCGCUUCGCGAACUCCUUCGCUUAUUUCGACUGAUCCAAUAGUUCCCAUAAGUACAGCUCCGAUCGCUCCGUCACCAGUACCUGCUGCUUACGAUUGGGUCGUUAGUCCAGCAGAUCGAUCGAGAUUUGAAAUGAUUUUCCGGGAAAGUGAUAAAGACAAAGAUGGAUUGGUGUCGGGAUUGGAAGUAAAGAACGUAUUUCUUCAGUCGGGCGUGCCGCAGAAUUGUCUGGCUCAUAUCUGGGCACUAUGCGACACCAACCAAUCUGGAAAAUUGACAAUCGAACAAUUCUCAUUAGCUAUGCACUUCGUCGAACUGAAGAAGCGAGGAGUCGAACCACCAGAAGUCUUAGCACCCAAUAUGAUACCACCAAGUUUACGCGGCUCUGCAGGUGUCGAGGCGCCAAUCAUUCCACAAGAACAAAAACCCACGUAUUCCAACCCGGAACUAGAAAUGAUAUCCAAAGAAAUCGAAGAAUUAGCACGCGAAAGACGUCAAUUGGAAACCGAUAUUGCACAAAAGGAAGCAGACAUUCGUAUCAAGUCUGGAGAAGUUCGAAGUUUGCAGAGCGAACUCGAUACGCUGGCAGCAACUUUGAAACAAUUAGAAAAUCAAAAAGGCGAAGCACAGAAACGAUUGGAUGACUUGAAAGCGCAGAAAAUAGAAAUAAACGAUGCACUUGCAAGUUUUAAUGUUCAAAUAGAAGAAACACGACUCCAGGUUAAUAAAAUAAGGGAGCAAUGUCAGAAACAAGAAGCUACGAUUAACGAACAAGAGGAGGAACUCAAUUCAAAAAAAUCGGAAUUACAAAAACUGAAAGAUGAGGAGACUGCAUUGGAGAAAGAAUAUGAAGCGAAUCGACAAGAAUUAGAUAAUUUAACCAAACAGUUGCAAGACACUCAAUUGCAAAUUAGUCAGAUAAAAGCCAUGGUCACUCAACUCCUUGAAACUCAACGUCAAAUGAACGAUGCUCUAAUUCUAUGCAGAGCAGCUAUAGAAGCAAAUGAUGCCGUUCUAGUUUCUGAUUACUCGCUCAAAAUCGAACCAGAUUUUUCAGAGGCUAAACAAUCGUUGAAAAAGCAAUCUGAACAACCACAAGUUGACUCAUUCGGUGAUGAUGGUGCAUUUGGUACAAAAGAUGCCUUCGCCGCUAACAGUACGACAAAUGGAUUCGGUUCAGAUCCGUUUGCCAAUACCAAUGGAAAUCGCGCUGCAUCCGGUUUUGACGACAGUUUCUCGAAUGCACCAAUAUCAGGCUUCGAUGAUGCAUUUGGCUCCUCAGCUUUUGGUGCGAAUCAAGCUAAAGAUCCAUUUGCAGCAAAUUCGGCUGAUCCAUUUGGUGAUAAAGCUGCCAAUGCCGUAACACCAGAGCCCGGAAAAGACGAUUUCGGAAGUGAUCCAUUCGCUAUAUUACACGCUCCAACAGGAGUAGGACAAGUGUUAAGUCCAAGCAGCGGUCAAAAAUCUGGACCACCGCCGAGACCAGAAUCACCUAGUCCUGCUUUACCACCAAAGAAAUCAAAGCAACCACCACCUCGACCGGCUCCGCCGCGCCCUCUACAGGGUCCAACAAGACCAGCACCAGCCGUUUCUGAUAAUUUCGGUUCAGCAGGCGGUUUCGCUGAUUUUGCAGAUUUCGAUAAGCUUCCCAGUUUAAUGCCACCACCGUCAAACCCUACAAUACCUACCAUUACGUCGGUUCCAAAAAAUCAAAACCAAUCACCAUUUGGUAUGCAUACGUCGCAUUCAACUAGCAAAGACCACAUAAGUCAAACAACAGCAGCAGCUGCACCCACAGACUUUGCAGAGGAUCCAUUCAAAGAUUAUCGCUACGAGGAUCCGUUUAAUAUUAAAGAUCCUUUCGGCGAGGAUGAUGAUGGCGAGAAAAGUUCAGACGAUAUUUUUUCAGACAGUUCUGUCAAAGGCUACUCAACCGAUAAAAACAGCAAGAUCGACAGCGACGUAGUGGAUGAUUUCCAAUUUAAUGUUUUCAAAGCCCCUCCGAAAGAAACCAACAUUGCAUCACCCCGGCUGGCCACUCAAGAAAACUUUGCUAUUUUCGACUCUUUCGACAAUGACAUUGGUAGCAAAAAAGACAAUAAUAAUGAUGACUUCUUCGAUGCGUUCAACGACAAUUUCAAAAAUGUCGAUAAGAAGAACAUCAAAUCGGACCAAAGCUCAGUGUUUGAUCCAUUUGGUACCACAACGACCACAACAAAGUCAUCAAAACAGUUCGACGCGUUCAAUGAUAACUUCGAUGAUAAUUUCUUCAAACUGAGCCUCAAUGAUCCAAUCGACAAUGCUGAUAAGUCCAAUGGUAAUUUCGCUCAGUUUGAUAACUUUGAUGAUGCGUUUAGUACACCGACGACUACGACGACGACGAAAAAUAAUUCUGACAAAGCCUUGAAUAACUCAAAGACUUCGAAUGCGACCACUGUCAAGAACAAUCUAAAGUCAAAAGUAACAAAUGAUGUGAGUGCGGCUGCAAAGGUUCCGGAUAAAUUCGCUGAGGAUUACUCGAAAGGCGAUACCUUUGACGAGGAUUUGAAGAGAGCAUUGCAAAGGAGCUUAGUCGAUCAGUGAAAGUAAAUCAUAUAACAGUAUUUUAAUAUGUAUAUCAUUAAGAAUUUAUAGAGUACCAACUAGCAUUUCCAGUAGUAGUGUCGCUUGAGAGCCAUAUUUAUGAAAGAGUAGAGGAUAGUUGCGACAAUAAUACUCACUUACAAAAGUGCAAAUACGAAAACAGAUACAUACACCCCCACAUACACGCGAUCGGAACACAGUAAUAAUAUGGGAGCUUAACUUCUAAAAUUCUGAACUACAUAAUUUCAUUUUUUUUUUCAAAAAGAAAGAAUUGAAAUUUGUUUAAGAUAUUUUAAGUUUUCUGAAAAUGUAUAUUUAUUUGCUGUUAUAUGACGACAAAGGAUAAUAAUUUGAUAUAUUAUUACGAACGUUAUAUUAGACAUAAUCCAGAAUAUUCCAAAGAUUCGUCAACUUAGGACUUUGUCUUCAAUUACGUUACAUACAAACAUUUACUUUUAUCGUGUAAUAUUAGCCUGCAUGUGAAGAAUGUGGUUGCUUCAAGUAUUCCAAACUAAAAAUAAGAUCCCAUGUAAGAAAGCCUCGAACCCUGUGAAAUCCUAAUCUGGGAUGAUAAAUAAAUUCAGAAAAUAUAGUUUUUGUUCGAAUUUAUGUACACUGCUUCGUAGCAUCAGCGAAGAAGUGUAUCAUUAGUGAAGACAUUUUAUUUUUUAGUUUUAUUCAUUGACACACAAACAUAUGAAUUUCCUCAAUACAUGUUAUAAACAGUAAAA